AUGAUAGAAGUUAUAAAUGCAAAGGAUGUAAAGAGUCAGUUUGGUCAUUUAGCAGUAUACCAAGAAAAAUUUACAAGGAAACUGAAAACUAAAGAAGAUACUUUCUUGUUAUUAGAUGAUUUGAUUUUGUUUAAAAUAGUUAAAGAGGAUAUUAUGUUGAAUAGAUCUUUAACAGGUCAAACUUAUAUUUGUAGUAUAUUUGUACUUGGCCUUGUUGAAGAUAUAUUAGUAAAAGCUAAUAUGAAAAAUUGGAAAUAUUUAAUAUAA